UGGGAUAGAUUCGCCAGCCUGCCCGACAGGCGACACGAAGCGGCAUAGUCGAACAACAGCAUCUUGAGAAUUGCGAUAUCACAACGCAGGUACUCUCGCGGGUAUAUAUUCGUCGUCGUCGUUGUUGCCGCAAUGCCACAUGUCGGGGAGAACUUGUCCGUGCACUUCACGUUGUCUUCGUGCUUGAGAGACUUUGAACCUCUCGUGCCUCUUAACCUCAAACAUUCCGACAUGGAGAAAACCCAGCCAAUACCUAGCACUACUGGCCACGGCCUUUCCUCCAGUGAGGAUGGCAGCAUUCAAAUUGACUAUGCUGCCGAGCAGAAGCUUGUGCGGAAACUGGAUCUGUAUAUCAUGCCGUAACUAUGUCCGAUAAAAUCGACAGAUGUGCAAUUGACAAGAUCCAGUUUGAUCAUGCUGUUGUACCUUUUCAGCUUUCUUGAUAGAGUAAACAUAGGAAAUGCCCGGUUGGUACCCACGGCUGCAGGCCCGAAAUCUUUCAUUGACGAUGUCCAGGCUGUACGGUCUCGAAGAAGACCUUGGUCUGCACGGCAAUCAAUAUCAGAUCCUGGUCUCGGUUCUCUUUGUCACGUAUAUCACCUGUGAGCUUCCAUCAAACCUGGUUGUCAAAAAAGUCGGCCCUUCGAGAUGGAUCGCCUUCAUUGCUCUAUCCUGGGGUCUUGUCGCGACCUUUAGUGGCUUUGCACAGAAUUUCGGGGGUAUGCUCGUAUGUCGCCUGCUCUUGGGUGCCUUUGAAGGUGGCAUGUUCCCAGGAAUAGUGGUCUACUUGACAUUCUUCUACACAAAGCGCGAGCUGGCGCUGCGGAUUGGUUACUUGUUCACGUGUUCCGCGCUGGCUGGGGCAUGUGGAGGGCUGCUAGCAUAUGCUAUUGGCUUUAUGGACGGCAUCGCUGGACACCGUGGCUGGAGAUGGAUCAUGUGGUUGGAGGGCGCUCCGACCGUGGUUUUGGCCUUCGCAAUCUGGCUCUUCUUGGCAGAUCAGCCAUCAACGGCCAAAUACCUAGCCCCUGGAGAGAGAGUCCUUUUGAUGGCUCGUCUGAAUCGCCAAACCGGUAUGACAAAAUCAGCCCAAGAGCUCCGAUCGAAAGACGUCAGAAAAGGCCUCCUUGACUGGAAGGUCUGGACAUUCUGCUUCGCUCAAUUCGGCGUCGACACUAUGCUCUAUGGCUUUAGUACCUUCUUGCCGACCAUCAUCAAAGGCAUCAUGCCUACAGCUACGAGCGCCAUCGUACAGGUUCUCACAAUCCCGGUCUAUUCUCUCGGCGCAAUAACAUAUCUGAUUGUCGCCAUCAUCUCUGACCGCCAACAGCGACGUGGAUUCUACUGUGUGGUCUUCGGUUCAGUCUCGAUAUGCGGUUACAUUAUGCUCAUAUCAAAUGGCGGCAGCGGCGUGCACUAUGCAGGCUGCUUCCUGGUGGCUUGUGGGAUGUACUGUGUCAUCGGGCUCCCGCUCGCCUGGCUGCCUUCGCAUACUCCACGAUAUGGAAAGCGUACAACAACCAUAGCGCUUCAGGCCAUGAUUGGUAACAGUGCGGGCAUCAUGUCUAGCUUUCUCUAUCCUAGUACUGAGAGUCCACGUUUCAUCAAAGGACAUGCCAUUACCAUCGCCAUGGUCGCCUUUGGGACCCUCAGCUUCGGGUUUAUGUGGGGCUACUACUCUGUCGUCAACAAAAGAAGGGUAGAAGGGAAGGAGGAUCCCAAAAUUGCUGGAAUGUCGGACGAGGAUGUUGAGGAGCUAGGAGAUGACAGUCCCAAAUUUACCUAUGUUACCUAAGGAGGUUGGGAAAGCCAGAGAAACGCAAAAGCCAAACGACACAGAAAAUAGAAGGCUAUGCAAAGGGAUUCAUGAGCACGACAUACCCCUCCUCGGUGUAUUGAGUUCUGAAUCAGGUAGCAUCCACGAAGUCCGCAAGCUUUGCUUCAAAUGGAGAUCACAAGAAUUGGCUUGACAGGUUCAUGGGACUCAAUAUGACAUGGUCGAGACAUACCGACAUAAUGGU